CAGGAUCAACUGGAGGACAUGAUGGAAGAGGCUAACGAGGUGCAGGACGCUCUCAGUCGCAGCUAUGGCACACCAGAGAUUGAUGAGGAUGAGCUAGAAGCAGAGCUGGAUGCUCUGGGAGAUGAGUUACUGCUGGAUGAUGACAGCUCUUACUUAGAUGAAGCCUCGUCUGCACCCUCCAUUCCUGAAGGAAUGCCCAGUGACACUAAAACCAAUAAGGAUGGAGUUCUGGUCGAUGAGUUUGGCCUACCACAGAUCCCUGCCACAUAAGAAUCUGUUGUCUGAUCAGUGUUUUGUUUACUGGUGGAGGACGUUUUUCUUGUGCUGAUGGUAUUGAACAUGUUGUGUUGUAUUCAUUGCCCAGUCUAGCACACGGUAUUGUAUAUGAAGCGUGAUUUUCCAGUUUUAUUUAGAAUUUGGUCAUGUAAACAUGUUAUACCCAGUAACCCAGUAAAUUCCGACGAGAUUACAGUUUUUAGAUAUCCAAUUUAAACUACUGGCAUAUCCUUUAGUAAUCAGAAUUUUGGAUCACCUACUUUCCCUUGUAUCUGAACAUAACUUUUUAUUAAUGCAUGUCCAAACAAAAAUAGUUUUGGAUGAUAACUUUGGAGAUACAAACAGUUUGGGAAAGUCGAGUUAUUGAAUAAACGUAUUUAUUUAUUUUAACAAAAAAUU